UACUUGCCGGCCGGGGUCGUGCAGGGCGGCCUCUCGCAGACCGACCCCCGGGCGGGCGGCGGCGACUACGGGCUGGUGAUGGCCGACUGCCGCUUCGGCAAGGCCUUCCGCAAGGGCCAGCUCAAGAAGGGCCUCUGUUAUGGGGACUACGCCUGCUUCGUGGCCCUCCAACGCUGCGCCGAUGUGCUGGGUCUAAAUCUACCAUAAUUCCAUAAUGGGGCAAUGAGGAUGAGGAGGAUGAACAGCCGAAGAUGUCAACAGCACUGGCCCUAGCAUCUGUUGCCCCUCAAACACACAGAAGCACCACCAAGGUUCCAGGGGCAGUUGUCUCCUCGCCAAAAGUCCCCCAAGACCUGAAGACUGUGUUGAAAAAGCACUUCAGGUCCAAUGGGUUUCAGAUUAUCACCGUUUGCCUGGUCAUCAUGGAUGCCUUGCUGGUGCUUGCUGAGCUGAUGUUAGACUUGAAAAUCAUCCAGCCGGACAAGGGCAACUAUGCUGCCAGGGUGUUCCAUUCUCUGAGCAUCACCAUCCUGACCUUCUUCAUGAUGGAGAUUGCAUUAAAAUUAUACGUCUUCCACAAGGAAUUCUUCUACCACAAGUUUGAGAUCCUGGAUGUGGUUGUUGUCAUUGUUUCUUUUGCUCUGGACGUUACCAUCCUGUUCAAAGAGCAUGACUUUGAAGCCCUCGGCUUAUUGAUCCUUCUCCGACUUUGGCGGGUGGCCAGGAUUAUGAACGGCCUAAUUAUUUCAGUCAAGAUACGUUCUGAACGAGAGCUCUCAAGGCUGAAACUAGUUAAUCAUCAACUGGCCACAAAAAUCCAGCACCUUGAAUUUAGCUGCACUGAGAAGGAACAGGAAAUUGAAAGACUUAACAAACAAUUGAGAGAUCAUGGACUUCUCGAGUAGCUGAACCACGCACCAUUUGCCUAACCACAUGGAGAGGAAACGUCUUGUUUGAUGGACUGGCCUUGGGUACUUGUCUAUGAAACAUCCUGGGUGUCUCCAGGGUAAUUUCUGGAAAUGAUCUGAAGCCUUCAUUUUACUUGUUCUCAGGUUUGAUUAUGUCCAGAUGUUACACAGUUCCUCCUAAGAGCUAUCUUUUUAUCUUGAUGUGAAGAGUUCCUUGUAACAAAUGUUUCAUAAGCUACCUUUUCUCAUCUUCCAAACUCUAAACUUAUUUGAAAAUGAAUGCUAGAGCUGGAUGGGUUUGUAUAAAAUUUAAUUUUGCCAAAUGUAUACUUUCAAAAUUGUUCUGUAUAUCUUUCAGGACUAGACUCCCUAGUUGUGGACAUUCUGAAAGACAAAAGUAAUAAAAAAAAUUAUCUUAGACUCCA